GGUCUAGGCUCUUGGUCUUGUAACCGACCUGCGAGAAACUACACGAAUAUCAGGUCCAAAACCCUUGAGUAUGGCGAUUUUGAGUUCUUGUUUUCUCAAUUUCUAAGCUUGGAUUUGGCUGGAUGUGUUCGAAUUGUUUACGUUUGAGUUGAUUCGGUGCCUGCGAGUUGCUCGUCGUCCGGGAAUGAGUUAGCUUCUCAGAUCUGAAAGGGCUCGGAGUUUGGAUGCUUCUCUUGUUCGUGUUAUGGAUAGAAAUCUCACUUUGGCAGUUCUGUUUCUGUUUUUGAUUGUCACCGAUGUUUCCAGUGCUUCACUGCUCUCUAGGUUUCGAUAUCUGGUUGCCGUAGAUUCAAGCAACAAUAACAACAAAUCUGCCCUAAGCGAAGUUUCUCCGUCACCAAGUCCUGUGUCAACGAUUGGUGCCAGUCACGGCAACAGUUCAAACGAUUCAAAAAAGGAUCCUCCAGUGCCUAAUAGCAAUGAUCCACAGAAAGUCGAUCAUACGGGUUCGAGCAAGAAGGGAUCCGGGAGCUCGAAUCCUCAAAAUGGAACAAAUGGCGCCAAUGAUCAGGAAACCAAGAAGAAUGAGGAUAAAACUAUGUCAGCGUCAGUAAUUGGUGAAAAUUGUACGGGUCUGCCUAAGAAGUGCAAGGAUCUGAACUCAUUGGUUGCAUGUAUUCCUAAUUUUCUUUCGGGGCUAAAAGAAUAUGGUGUGCUGGUGCAAAACAUAGGAGAUAUCGCUUUGAAUGUAAAUCUUACUCUCCCAGGUUCUCUUGAGAAUUACAAGUCAAUUGAAAUACCCAAACACCAUUCCCAGAAGAUUAAUGUCACUGUUGGCGAAAGCACCAAGCUUAUCUUUGUUGCUGGAAAUGGGGAGUGUGUGCUUCACAUAGGCCCCGGUAAAUCAGAAGAUAAAUUUUUCCUGCGUCUCCCUUCUUAUGAGAAGCUGGUGACCCCCAUCAACGGUGCUUAUUUCUUAAUUUUUACUGUGAUAAUAUUUGGUGGGGCAUGGGCUUGCUGUAAGUUUAGGAAGAAGAGAUAUCAUGGUGAUGUCCCUUAUCAAGAGCUUGAAAUGGGAUUGCCCGAAUCUCACAUGGAUGGCAAUGGGGAAUCAGCUGAAGGUUGGGAUCAAGGAUGGGAUGAUGACUGGGAUGAGGAAACGGCUGUCAAGUCGCCAGUAAGUCGUCCUGUAGGAAACAUCUCAGCCAAUGGCCUUACUUCAAGGGCCUCAAACAAAGACGAAUGGCAAAAUGACUGGGAUGAUUAGUGAUUUUAUAGAGGACAGAGAGGUUUUCAGCAAGCUGGAUGAUGAGGUAAAUUGAAAGGGAAAAAAAAUAGAUACAGAGAGUAGCAAAUCUGCAAUGUUGACUGUAAAGCUUUCUGAUACGACUUGGCAUUGUGUUGCACUGGUUAAUGUACUGAAUAUCAUUUUUACUUCAAACACAGGAGGUAAUAUAUUUUUCUGUCUUGUAACCCAUCUUCUUUGGUUUUGUUUUUGCUGGAUAUGAUUCUUGGUUACAUUUGUUUUGUACAAUAUUUUGACAUCCGUCUCCUUUUGGGGGAAAAAAAAGGGUUCUUGAUGAUUUAAUUUUGGAGGGAUUAUUUCAAUAACUGUUGUGUUGUAUUGUUCAGAGAGGAAGUGAUCUAGCGGCGACUUAUCUUUUAAUUCAAAUUGUAUUGGACGUCUUUUGAUCCAAAUAGAUAUGGAACUUUGAACUUUA